UGGCCCAGUGGUCCAGCUCCGUUUUCUCACAAGUUGAAACUCGAAACUUUCAGGCCAUCAUCAGGACAAAAGAAAUCUUUAAAGAAUCACAUCCGUUGCAAUUGGAUUGGUGGCCAAACGGACGAAGGAAACCGAUCAAUCUUGUACACAAUUGUUUGUUUCGGAAUGCUGGAGGAGUUUAUAUAAAUGUACGUACGUUGCUGCUGGUCUGAAUUCCCUCGACCCCAUUUGAUUGAAGUUGCGUUUCGGUUCGUUGGCAUCAUCGCCUACAGGCCUGUAUAAAAGAUGUGACGUCAUUCGGGGAGGGCAUGGGUGGAGCUGUUGUGUCUCGCCUUAUUUUCUGUGUGCUGUGUGCUGGGCUGGCUGUCGACGAUGAAUGUCGGCCAGCAGGCGUCCGUGACCGUGCAUUCAGGCUCACUCAACGACAACGAACGAAAUCAUUUAAAAACGGUCCCCUCUCCCUCAGCUUGGUGGUGUCGGACAAACCGAAAUCCGAAGGCCACACCGUUUGUCCGAGUUGGCUGCUGACUGGGACAGUCAACAACUUGUCAGUGUGUCCACUUGCUGAACUUGUCGAUCGUGUGUCACCGAGCUGGUGAAGAUCUCAGCACAGUGCUAGUGGCUCUUCGUUCGUCGACGUUACACAGUUCCCGCCGUUUACACGCUCAGUUAUUUUAUUAUUUAUCCAGUCCAAUUCAAUAAUGACGGGCAAACACAAUUACAUGUGGCAGGAAGAGGAUAAUGAUGAAGCUUCCGUGAUUGACGAAGCGGAUAUUUUCGAAACUCGACCCGAAAGGAUUCGACGUCGAAUCAGUUUGGUCAUCAUCAACAUUGUGGGAUUCAUUUCCACCCUGGGCUUUUCCAUCGUCCUUACGGGAGCUUAUCCCUACUUACUCCAGAUUGACGAAGAAUCCGACAAGAGAGUCUUGGGCUGGGUCAUUGCCGCCCAGCCAGUGGGCCAGCUCCUGUCGUCGCCGUUCGUCGGUUGGCUGGGCAACAAAUUCGGAUCGGUCCGUUGGCUCUGCAUGACGACCGGCCUGCUCAACAUGAUCGGAUUCGUCCUCUACGCCGUCCUAGGAGAUCUGCCACAACCCAGAAGAUAUUGGAUGAUUUUCGCCCGGUUCAUCGUCGGAGUCGCCGCAGGAUCGGUGACGCUGUGCAUCACUUACAUUUCAAAGGCGACGACGGCCAAAGAGCGGACCACUUUCAUCGCCAUCAACGCCCUGGUGUCCACCAUCGGCUUCAUCGUCGGACCAGCCGUCCAGUCGGCUCUCAUUCCGCUGGGGACGGACAACCUGCGCUGGAACAUGUACACGGCCGCCGGAUGGCUGGCCGCCUCGCUGACUCUCGUCCAGGUCAUCCUCUUCUUCCCCUGCAUCUUCCAAGAGUUCAACAUGGCCGAGAAGGAAGCCAAUUGGAAUAAAAUGAAAAAUCAGCAAAAGACCCAGCGCACCAAUAAUCAAGGUUUCAAACGAUUUCAUAAUACGGAUAAUUACAGCGCUGUAGAUGAACGGAAGAGAGAUUUAAUCGGAGUCGGAAUUUGCAUCUUUAAUUUCUCUGUAGCUGGUUUCAUUCUGAUUAUGAUCGAGACGCUGGCGACUCCGAUCGCGAUGGAUCAAUUGGCUUACACCGACGACGAAGCCGUCAAAAAAGUCGGCAUUGUGCUCUCUAUCGGCUGCAUUCUAACUGUCAUAUCGUUCGCAGCAUCCGGUCCUCUGGCCAGAAGAAUAACCGAAAGGAAAACUCUGGUGCUGUUCGGGUUAAUCCCGUUGCUGUUGUGUCACGUCGUUUUAUUGCCUUAUCCCGGCCCCCUUCCACUCAUGCAGCAACAGACGCACAACAACGGGUCGGGCUUCAUGCACGGAGUCAAAGUGAUGACGAACGUUAAGCAACCUGUCAACCAAACUCUUGUCGGCAAUCUUACUACACUAGACGUCCAGCAGUCUGAGAAAUCAUUUGACGCCAAUUCGACGACUGCGCAUUUGGGAUGUCCUAUCAACCAAAAAUGGUGUUUGUAUACUCCGGCCAUUCGCGCCGAGCAGCUCAUUUUUGGAUUCAUGUUUAUAGCCAUUGGCUACGCAUUCACAGCGACCAUGAGCACCAGCACCAUGACACAAGUGCUUCCAUCAGACGGCCAGCAGGGCACUUGGACUGGCAUUUAUCAGGCCGGCGGUUCGCUGGCCCGAAUUCUAGGUCCACUCUAUCUCACGAACGUGUACACGGUCUUUGGGCCGCGGGCGACGUUCGGGAGCAUCAUCGCCAUUCUGUGCGGUGUCAUCGUGCUCAACCUGUACCUCUUCAAACACCUGAUACCGAUGGCCCACCGCAGCCGGAAAAUUUAUUUCGACUUGCGUUAAAAACGCGCUGAAAUAUUUUUUAAAAAUAUCUAUCUAUCUAAUAAAAAUAGAUCAAAUAUUUACCUUCCUAAAAUGUAUACAUACAAAAGUAUAUGAACGCGAUUUCACGCAUGUUUAAUGUUACAUAACUGACCAAAUAAGGAUGACGAUAUAAGUCACUAAAUUUUUUGAAGAUGUUUGUAGUGGUAUAGCAAACCUAUAUAUAGUUCGCGCGAUCCCCCCCCCCGUUCCUGCAUGAAAACAAAUUCUGAUUGGAAUAAAUCACAUCGAUCACACUGAA